GAAAACAGCUGAUUUCUCCCACAUGCUUAAGUCUCGUAAGCGGUGAACACAUUUUGCCCUAAUAGUUUAAAUUGAAGACGACAAUAAGAUCAAAUUAAACAUGUCGAAACCAAUUACCUUUGUCACCGGCAACGCCAAAAAGCUGGAGGAAUUGGUUGCCAUCUUGGGACCCAAUUUCCCGCGCACAAUUGUGUCCAAAAAGAUUGAUCUUCCGGAAUUGCAGGGUGAAAUCGAUGAGAUUGCCAUUAAGAAGUGCAAGGAGGCUGCUCGCCAGGUGAAUGGACCCGUUUUGGUGGAGGACACCAGCUUGUGCUUCAAUGCAUUAGAAGGUUUGCCGGGACCGUACAUUAAGUGGUUUCUGGAAAAGCUAAAGCCGGAGGGGUUGUUCCGCCUGCUAAACGGUUGGGAGGAUAAAUCCGCCCAGGCUAUUUGCACAUUUGGCUAUUGCGAUGGUGUGGAUGCAGAGCCCCUGAUAUUCAAGGGAAUUACCGAGGGCGUUAUCGUAGAGCCCCGCGGCCCCCGAGACUUUGGAUGGGACCCGGUGUUCCAGCCAAAAGGCUAUGAUAAGACCUACGCCGAACUUCCUAAGUCGGAAAAGAACACCAUUUCCCAUCGUUAUCGUGCUUUGGCGCUGCUCCAGCUGCACUUUGACAAGCUGGACAAGCAAAUAAACUAAGACUGAAUUUAUUUAAA